AUGCUUCUGGAAGCAGGAGUCAGGGAAGUGGCUGUUGCAUCACGUGACUCCGCCAAGAGAGGAGUCCAGAAGCCAGUCUCCACCGCUGUCCCGACGGAUGAAAUCACGACGAGCUCUGCCUGGUCGAAGACGACUCAUUCUGUUGCAAUUGUUGGUUGCCCCAAGUUGGAUUUCCUGGGCGGAGCCGCUCUGCCCAUGCCUGUGAAGACGGUGGGCAGAUUGCAUACAAAGGAAAGUGACUGGGCAGAGCGCUUCAACCUUUCGUCCCGAGUUGUCAGUGCAGGAAACGUGUCCAACCUGCCUUACAUGUUGGGAGCAUGGGGCAACUACCAUAUGGUAGUGUACCAUGCUCAGAAGUCGCCCCCGGCAGUUGUCUUUAUGAGCACUACAGCGAACAUUCUAAGCCAGAAAACUCCGAAAGUUUGCCUCACCCUAAAUUUUGCAUAUGCUUUGGAGCACGGCUUGGAUUUUGUGGGUUUGAGCAUUCCAUGUUGGCGAACAAAGCUGGGUGCCGGAUGGGUGAAGCCAUGGGGCCUCCAAGAGGCCGUGCGGCAGUCUUAUGUUCGCUCUCAAUGGGUGCUCAUUUUGGACCAUGAUGCAACUGUUAACCCGAAGUAUUGGGGAGAAGAUUUGCUGAGUACUGUGAAAAAAAGGUAUCACGCAGAUGGAGACGAGUGGGUUGCGAUUUGCGAGUCUGAACCCCUGCCAGGGAAGAAGAUGAUGACUGUUUCUAAGGACAUCUGCAAAGCCGACGGCACUGCCACUUGCAGCUAUCGUGGGCAGGAGCAGUGCAUCCACGAAGUGGACCGAUGUAUCAAAAAUCGGAAACAUGCUUUGGAGAAAGCAGUUGGCACAAAGUGGUGGAAGAAAAAUGAGGGAUGCAACAUUGGCGCCUUGUUCCUUUGGCUGCCCCGUUACAGGGAUGAGAAGCUCAAAUAUCUUGACAGCUGGCUUGGUGCCCGAUUUAGAGGCGACUGCGUGAUGAGCUACGAUCUGGCGACGUUCAAGUCUGAUCAAGGAGCGUUCAAUUAUUGCUUUCUGCCCCAUCAUCACAAAGAGAUCAUGUUGGUGAAAGGCGGCUCCUUUGCACCCUGGAACUGGCCGGCUAAAUCGCAAUUCAUCGUUCAUGGGAAGCAGAAUGACUUCCUCAAGAUGCUCCGUGGAGUUUGCAAGAAGUUGCGACGGACCCUUUGGGACAAGGGCGGCCCCGGAACACACCUUGGUGCAUUGGAAGCCUGGUGGUGUCAGCGCGUGCGUUUUCAGCAGCGGGUGGAGCAGAGGAGGAGCGGGGAGGUCUUUAACAGCCCUGCUUGGAGGAAGGUCCAGGACCAGGUGGACCAGUUGGUGAGAAGGAGGACGUGGCUGGCAAGCCACGAUGCAAAGUUUGAGGAAGACCUUGGUGGUGUGGAGGCCGAGGUGGAGCAGGACCAUGCCUUGCUAAGCGAUGCUGCUGUGCAGCGCAGCCAAAAGCUGUUUGGGGUGCUCUGCUCCUACAUCAGGGGCAGACCCUUGCUCUUGGUGAAAAGCCAAGAGGCCACCAAGAAUGGGCUGGAAGCAAUCCGGCUGCUCAAGCGGGAGAUGGAGCCGCGGGAGCGCGCAAGGGCGCUGGCUAUAGUGAGGAACCUAGCAAGCUGGACGUUCCGAGAGGGGAACUUGCAUGAGCAGCUGGUGGCUUUUGAGGAAGCAGUUACCUCUUACGAGCGGGCCAGCGGCAAGCAAUAUUCCCAAGACCUUAUGAUUGCCACGGUGGUGACUGGACUCAAGGAGCCCCUCAAAAGCCAGGUGCAGCUGAGGAUGAAUGAGAGGACAGAGUACCGCGAUUUGCGGGAAUGGGUGCUUUCCUAUGAGUCUGUGAAUGCACCCUGGGCCGUGUCAGUGCCCACCUCCGCGGGAAAAGGAGCAGCCAGCGCAAGCUAUGAGCCGACGCCAAUGGAGGUGGACCAGAUCAAAGGCAAAGGUUGGGACAGCAAAGGCGGCAAGAACAAGGGCAAGGACGGCAAAGGCGGCAAGAACAAAGGCAAGGACGGCAAGGGCGCAAAGAACAACAAAGGCAAGGACAAGUGGAGUUCUCCCUCUUCGUCGUCUUGGCAGCCUGGGAAAGGAAAGGGUCACAACCAGAACAGCUGGGACCAAGGAGGUGGCUGGCAGCAACGUGGUGGUGGACAGCAGGGCCAGCCCAAGGGAAAGGGGCAAAUGCCGGGCUAUUGCCACAACUGCGGAGGAAAAGGGCAUUGGAAGAAGGAGUGCCCCCACCCACGAAAGGGUGGCGGCAAAAGCGUGAAGCAAGUGGAGGAGCAGAACUCAGUGCCCUCCUCUGGCCAGAGUGUGGCUUCGACUUCGGCCUCGGCAUACCGGACCCCUUCUACGGUGCAACUGGUGCAGGCAGUCAGGUCGGAAAUGGUGACGGCCAUCGGCACGCCACCGGGCUGCCGAAACACACAAAUCUUUGACAUGACCGAGGUGGACAGCGACUUCGAAGACUAUGCCCUUGACGAGCCCCACGUGAUGAUGAUAACAGCCGGCCAGGUGAUCCCGACCACCUUUGCCCUAGACAGCCAGGACGGCGACGGCGUGUGGACAACGGUGCCCGCCGACCUGCCCACCUACAACUUUGAGGCCAGCGAGCCCGACGCCGAGGAGGAGCCCGGGGCUACAGCAUAUAUUCUGCAGGUUGGGGCGGACGCGAACAUCACUGAGGUGGUGGUGGAUAGCGGUGCCGACGUCUCUGUGGCACCCCUGGCCUACCAGACUGUGGGGCAGCACGCCCCAGCAAGCCGGGUGCAAAUGCAGGACGCCCAAGGGCACCGGAUUGCAGAGCGCGGGUCGAGGAUUUUGAGCCUCGCUGUGAAAACUCUAGAGCAGGGCGUGGUGACGAUCAAGGAGAAGUUCGCCAUUGCGGCCGUGAACUCGGUGAUCCUCUCCCUGGGGAAGCUUGUGCGUGGCGGCUGGACCUUGGCCCACACCAGAGCAGGACCAGCCAUCACAAAAGGAGGCUGCACGAUCCCGGUGGGACUCCGAAGGAAUACUCUGGUGAUCGCGGCGACGGUGGCGAUGGUGGCUGCCUUGGACAGUGGAGCCCUUCCACCGGAGGGCGAGGAGGCGGUGAUAAACCCCGGGUGGCACAUUCUCCCCUCAGGCCUGCCUUUCCUGGUCGGCCACCGGUGCCUGGAGGUGAGCUUGGAGACCUCAGUUUGGAGUGCAGAGGAUUGGGCCUGGAUCGCAAUUUUUGUGAGGAAGGAGGAGGCCACUCGCAAGCCAGAGCCUGGUGAUGUAUGGGUUCAGGUCUGGACAGGGCCCACCGCCUCAUUUCCUGAGGCCGGGAGGAGGAUUGCUGAAAUGGAGGAGGAGCUGGCUGGGUACCACGACUUUGCAGUUCUUUUCCAUGUGGACGAGAUCCCGGAGAAUGCCCUCACGAGCCCGGGGCACCUUUUCUACGAGCCGGCCGGGGAUGAAGAAAUGGAGGUGCCAGCUGAGGCCGGAGAAGACGAUGGAGGUGGCAUUGGUGAUGUCUGGGCCGACCGGCCUGUGCGAGGGCAAGAGCGGGACCCGAAGGAUGAAGAAGCUAUGCUCGACGACGUGGCGCUCAGCAUGGAGACUCCUCUGCGCGACCUUCGGGAACUUUGCAGGAGGCUGGGCCUGCCAAGCAGCGGGGCCAAGCCCAAAGUUCUCAAGCGACUUCGGACGCAGAAAGAGGUCGUGGAGAAGCAGUUGGCGGCAGAGGUGGCCCGGGACAUGUACAAGGAGCAAGAGCGAAACCCUGAAGUCCCAAAGACACCGGUUCUUCCGACGCCCCAGCAGCAAGAGGCCCACUUCGUGACACACCAGCCUUUUGCCAGCUGGUGCUCAGCAUGCGUUCUGGCAAGGUCCCGGCAGUCACCACACCCCCGAGCGAAAGAAGCAAAGGCCGAGAAGGAAGGUGACAGGAAGCUAGCCACCAUUCAGAUUGACUACGCUUACACCUUCACUGGGGACCGCGGGGUGAUUGAGGAGGAGCCUGCGGAUGAGGACGAAGCCAAGCAGGACAACCAGGGCGACGAGGGCGAGGCCGAGAAGGACGAGAGUGACAAGACCAACCAGUUCGCCCUGAACCUCGUGGCGGGUGAGGCUGUCACUGGAUGGUUGGUUGGCAUGCCGGUGGUGGCAAAGGGUGCAGCUGCACUUAAGAAAGUGACCGAAAACUUGGUGCGCACAAGCAUCUUGAUUGGCGGGUCCGAGGACGUGGUGGUUCAAGGCGACACCGAGCCCGCCAUCGGCCAGAUUCUCAAUGCCAUCCAGGCGUGCAGGACGCGCCUGGGCCUUCGAACGGUGGUGCGGCAAGUGCCUCGAGACUCGCACCAGUCAAACGGAGUGGCAGAGAAGGCGGUGAGUACCUUGAGGCGGCUGGCGCUUACGCUGAAGGCCCACGCCGAAGAGAGAGCAAAGGUGAAAAUCAGCGGCGCCCACCCGGUGUUCGCCUGGCUGAUGAAGCAUGCUGCCUUCUUGCACAACAGGUUCUUUGUGGGGACCAAGAGCACACCACCCUUUGAAGCUAUCUACGGCAAGCGCUUCCGGGGAAAGCUUAUUGCUUUUGGUGAGGUUUGCAUUGGCCACGUCAAGUCCAAGUUCAAGGGAGACUUGCAGUGGCGCAGAGCAGUCUUUGUGGGCGUCAAUGAGAGGACGGGUGCAUACGUGCUUCUCACCGACGAGGGCGGCUUCGAAACGCGUUCUCUGAGACGCCUCCCUUUGGAAGAACAAUGGAGUGCCGAAGCCCUUGUGAAUGCAAAAGGGCUUCCAUGGGACCUGGGAGGCCAGGUGAAGCGCAAGCGAGCUUUGUAUACAUCACGGCCGGCCCUCUUGCCGGACACGGCCACCCUGCAGGAGCUUGCUCGUGCAGCCGGCCAUGCUGCGGCGGCCUCAAUAGCCGCAGGAACUCCAAGGCCUCCAGUGAGCGAGGCUGGCACAGACUCGCCAGAGAGGUCUUCUACCUCAUCAAGUUCCUCCUCAGAUGGAGACGGCCAACAGCAGCAGCAGGGCGGAGGCGCCGGAGGAGAAGCAACAGCACCAGAGAGGAAAGCCAAGGCAACAGCCAGCAGACCAGCAACAGAACCAGAGAGGAAAGCCAAGGCAACAGCCAGCAGACCAGCAACAGAACCAGAGAGGAAAGCCCAAGCAACAAGCAGACCAGCAGCAGAACCAGAGAGGAAAGCCGAAGCAACAAGCAGACCAGCAGCAGAACCAGAGAGGGGCAUGACUAGUGGCGGCAGCGCAGGCAUAGAGCCACAGACCGAAGGACCACAGGCGAUGGAAGUCUCCAAGCCAAGCAGGGGUGCCGAAGAAGGGGAUCACGAGAUGACGGUCCCAAAGAGAGCGCGACUCCUGUUAGACAAGCCUGGGCCAAGUUCCCCGACCACGGCAUCGGCACUUUACCCUCCAAGCUUUGCCGGCAUCAGGGAGGUCCACAAUGACGUCGAGGCCCACGAGCUGGUCGAUGGUGAGGAGUGGUCGCCCGAGCUGUUUGAGGCAAUGAGCUGGGAGGCCGAGAAUGAGGCCGAAGAUGGUGACAGGCCGCCGGAAGUCAGCCCAGAAAAGCUUGCAGAAAUUGAUUUUGAGAGUGACCGCGUUGAAGUGGAACGCCUCAUUGAGAUGGGCGUGCUUCGCAGACCCAAGCCUGGCGAGGCCCUGGAUGGCCACAGCAAGCUUACUACAAAGAUGGUUCGCGAUUGGAGGCGGCGACCAAACUGGGUCAGACGAUCGCGGCUGGUGGGCCGUGAGUACCGCAGUUGGGAACCCUGGCGUGCCGAACUUUUCGCGCCGUCCUCUUCUUUGGCUGUGGUUCACUCAGUCAUGGCAUGGGCACUGGCACGAGGACUUGAAAUUUGUACGCUCGACGUGAAAGAUGCGUACUUGAAUUGCGAGCAGAAACAGCCGGUGAUUGUGGAGGUGGACAGUCGGCUGAUGGGCGGCAACGAGGGGAUGAUGACUUUCAUCCUAGAGCGCCUCCUGCCAGGGCAACGAAUUGCCGCGAGCGAGUGGUUCCAGUUCAUGACCGACUUGCUUGGCCAGGCGGGGCUCGAGAACUUUGGGAAAGAACCUACCUUGUUCCGAGCCAAGGACCGGGAUGAAUGUGCCCUGGUGCUCCACGCCGAUGACGGCAUUCUUGCUGCCACCAAUGCGACCAGGAAGAAGAUCAUCAAGAAGCUGGGGGAGAAAGUGGUGGUGCAGGUGAGUGACCCCCUGGCUGAGGUUGGGGAGAGCGUGGAAUUCUUGAAGCGAAAGUACUCCCUGGAGGACCAAGGGAUUGUGAUGUUCUCUGGGGACAAGCACCUCGAUGGCCUCGUGAAGGCGCUGGGCGAAAACAUUCGAGCCCGCGACACGCCGGUGGACCAGACGGUCUUGGAGCCCGACACCUCCGCAACCUUGUCUGAGCCCAAUGCAAAGAUAUUUCGUGAAUGUGUUGGGCGGCUUCUCUACUUAAGCCACACGAGACCGGAUGUGCAGUUUGGAACUUGCGCCCUCACAAGCAAGAUGAGCUCCCCAACAGCCACAGCCUUGCGACACCUCACCCGGGUGGUUGGGUAUCUCAAGAAGUACCCCACCAUUGGCUUCUUGAUAAAGGCCAUCAACAACAAGAGUUGCGUUGACUAUGGUGGCGAAGGCCCUUUGGAAAAGGGCGACACAAUAUACAUUGAGUCGGUGACUGAUGCUGACUGGGCCGGGUGCAAAGGCUCUCGAAAGAGCCGCUCCUCAGUGCAACUGUUUGUUGGUGGCUCCCUUGUCGGGAGCUAUGUGAGGAGCCAAAAGACAGAGUGCCUGGACUUUGUCACCAAGGGUGAGUACAACAUAAAGGCCGUGGCAAGGCAUCUCCACUGCGGGUUCCUUUGGAUACAAGAGGCUGUGCGAAAAGGAGAGGUCACCCUUCGACCGAUAGGUGGCCAGCGGAACCCCGCAGACAUUGGAACGAAGCCUUUGGCUGGAAGAAAGCUUCGCGAGCUCCUGUUCAGAUGUGGAGCCAUUGGGCCAGACGGUGAGAGGUUUGGUUCAGAGGAGCACCAAGAGGCAGAGCAAAAGCUUGCUCUGAGAAGGCUGGCAACUUCAGGGGCAACCGCAGGUGGCAAUGCAAAGAAGAUCUUGCCGGUGCUGCUUGUGUUGGCUCAGGUUCUUGGGGCUGAGAGCUAUGAGGGCUUGGGUGUGGCUAUGGUGACAGCUAUGAUGGAGGAUGCUGUUUUCAGCCUCACCUCAACGGCAGCCACAGCACUGGUGCUAGCAAGCUUGGUGGUUGGUAUGGUCUGGAUGAUUUCUGGAUGCAUCAAGAUGGUUUGCGCAAGGAAGAGAGCAGACACACCUAAGACAGCGGAUGUAGGUGUGCAGGUUCGCUUUGGACCAACGCAGAGCGAGGAGAGGUUUAUGCAAGAGUAUGUGACAAGGGCCACAGAGCUUCGUGAAGCUCUGCAUGACGAGCACAAGACGGUGACACAGUGUGAGGAUGAGCUUCGCAUUUUGCGGAAGCGCAACAGAGCACUGGAGACAGAGGCCCAGGAGCGCGAGAAUGAAAUUCGGAGGUUGCAAGCAAGGCCACAGUGGCCUGAUCGCGUGGCAGUGGCCACACAACGAGGUGAGUUUACGGCACAGUGCCGAAAACUCAAGGAGAAGCUUCAGUUCUUCGACCAAAUCCGGACGUUGGACAAGAACUAUCCAGGCGGACUGGGGAGCUACUUGCGGAAUGCUCGGACCCUGCUCCAGGCGUCUGCCGGCGGGGAGAAUCCCUUGGAUGGAUGGGUCCCAUCCGUGCCACAAGACGGUUUCCGACCAGAGGUGGGCUCUGCGGAAUUCCUGGCCUACGAGGAGUUCGGGGUGCAGGAGGUUUCCAAGUGCUGCUUCGUGAUCCCAGCUGGUGGGCUCGGCGAGCGACUCGGAUUCAGCGGCGUGAAGUUCGCGCUUCCUGCUGAGCUCGUUACUGGCAGCUGUGUGCUGGGUGUCUACUGCGCCUACCUUCGAGCUUUUCAGGAUCUUUCGGAAGCGUCCACCAAGCAGCCGUGCCGGCUGCCUCUGGUUAUUAUGGCAAGUGCCGACACUGAUGCCGGCAUUCGCGAGCUUCUCGCGCGC